GCCAUCAUCCAUGGCAUGGGAAGGACAGAGCAGAACUUCAAGAUAGUCCUUUUCCAGCUGACCACUCUUGUUACCGGCGGCACUUGUGGAAUUGGGUCUUUAUUUGUGGAAGAACUUUCUGAAAUGGGUGCAAUUGUGCACACAUGUUCAAGAAAUGAAGCGGAGCUCCAUCAACGUUUGCAAGAAUGGAAUGCAAAAGGAUUUAAAGUGAGUGGUUCUGUAUGUGAUGCUUCUUCUAGAGACCAAAGAACAGAGCUCAUAGAAAAGGUCUCCUCAAUUUUCAAUGGCAAACUCAACAUUCUUAUAAAUAAUGUUGGGUCGAACAUCAGGAUGUUAACUGUUGAUUAUUCUGUUGAAGAAUAUUCCUAUCUCUUGGCUACAAACUUUGAUGCUGUGUUCAUAUCAUCGGUCGCUGCUUUAAUUGACAUAUCGUCCGGAUCUAUUUAUGGAGUGACUAAAGGUGCAAUAAAUCAGCUUACAAGGAAUUUGGCUUGUGAAUGGGCAAAAGAAGGCAUUCGUGUCAAUUGCGUUGCACCUUGGUAUAUCAAAAUCUCUCUUGUGGAACAUCUCAUAUGUGUUUAUCUAGGUCAUGAUCAUUAUAGGUCGGAAUUUGGAGAGCUUCCUAGGAACAUUCUGACAUGCUCUUUGUUUUAA